AUGCUUUUGGGCAAAGCGGGUAGGGCGAAACAGGUAGAUACCUGCUUUGCUCUACCCGCAAAGCGGGUAUAUGAAUCUCACAAAUAUAUUGAAUCUCACAAAUAUAUUGAGGCGAUCGAAUAUGCUAGAAAAAAUAAUGUAAUUUUUGUAUCGCUGCCUCCUCAUACAACUCAUCGCAUGCAACCUCUGGACCGUUGCCUUUAUGGACCGUUCAAAACUUACUUUGAGCAAAAAGUUUCCACUUUUCAACGAAGCCAUGUAGGUAGAAUAAUUACUCAGUACGACGUAGCUUCACAUGUUGGAAAAGCAUAUUCCAAAGCAGCUAGUGCACAAAAUGCUGUUCAAGGAUUUAAAUCCUCAGGAAUAUGGCCCACGAACCGACGCAUAUUUAGUGAUGCUGACUUUUUGCCAGCUAGUCUGACAGACAGGGCUGAAGUUAUUGAAAACACCAACGAUAGCCAAUCGCAGAUCCAAUCUACUGAUGCUGGUCGUCUUACUAAUAAUUCUUAUUGCUCUACUUCUACAUCUGUAUUUGAAAACGUGGAUCAAAAUUACUCUCAAGCUUCAAGGAUUUCGCUACGACGCACAAACGGAGAAACUUCGCAUGAUCCAGCUGUUGAAGAUGAUCCUUCAUGUUCUACGACAACUAGUGACAAUUCAUUUCAGCCAGUAGAAGAGCCAUUGACACCUCAUGUGAAGCCUUUGGAUAUUAGACCGCUACCAAAACCUUCUCCGAAAAAAACUAGUAGUAAACAUAAAACUCAAAGAGCUGAAGUCUUAACAAGUUCACCAUUUAAAAAUAUGCAAAUAGAAAAGGAAGAAAAGAAGAAACGUCUUAGUAACAAUGCUGCUGUUCAAAAAAAUUAA